AUGAAAGAUGUUGGCUAUUUGCGAUUCUACUGGACAGCAAUUAUUACAGAUCGAAGAAAGAUUUUUGUAAAGAAUAGCUAUGAUAUCCAAAGCUUAGAUUUGUUGCAGGUGGCUGGAGAGUCUUCUACUACUGAGCUAAAGAGUCUUUACUCAAGUAAACGCAAAAUAGAGACUGUAUAUGACAAAUCUGAUGAGGUGAACAAGUCUGAGCAGUAUGCUACCGUUAUCAAGGAAAUCAUUCGACUCCAGGAAAAUGAUAAUGCAGCAGCUCACACAAAUCCCCUCUGGUGGGGUGUCCUUGACCUCCAAGCUGAGAAAAAGUCACCAUGUGUGGAUGUCCCUAGAGCUCAAGAAUUUCUCUCACAAGAGAAAGUAGUA